AUGCUCACCGACUUGGCUUUCGUUUCCAAGCCGCAUCGGAUCUCUGACUCUGUUUCCGCUCGCAUCACGUCAAAAUUAUGGUGUUUCUGUAUGUUUGGGGUGUCUUCGCCUCUCUCAACCAAGUAUGUUACGCGUUCACCCCGAGCGCUACUGCGCUUCUCCUUUUCUGUCCGGAUGCUCGACUUGAUUUUGUGCAGGCGAUGCCGUUGCCGCUGUUCCCUGUUGUUGAGGAGCUCCCUGCGGCAGUCACCGCACCGUUCUCGCCGUCUUCUACUGUUCGGCGGUGGUGGUUGUGCAUUGGGGCCAUUUGCUGUGACUGAUGAUGAUGGUGCAGCGGCAGCGGGUGACUGCGUCGAUGUUCCUGCGGCGGCGGCACCUUCGGGUAGCUCUCAGUCACAUACACGAGCUGUCCUUCGUGCUGCGGGUCGGGAGCUACGAAAUGGCGCAAUUGGUAGUAAGGCGAGUGCGGCAGCGAGGAGUUGCGCACACGGGUGUACAUAUAGUGGUUGGCCAAUUCGUUAUAGUAGCGUGCAUACGUCUCGCUGCUCACAUGGAGGCUGA